AAAGAAAAAAAUGUUUUAAUAAAAGAAGCAUGGACUGUAAAUAUGCUACAUGUCCUUCACAGUUCAUUGUACAAUGAAUUUGUUUGAAUUGCCACUUUUACGAGCUUCCGUGAAGGCAACUGUCGACCGUUGUGUAUUGUGGGAAAUUAAAUGUUUAUGUGGCGUAGCUAGUUAUAAAGCUAACUUUAGCUAGUUAGCCGAUGACGAGCUAGCUCAGUGGCUAAUUACGCACAAUGAUGAACGGAAAGACAGUAAUAGUGACCGGUGCUAACAGCGGGAUAGGGAAAGCCACAGCAGCGGGCAUUGUGAAGCUCCAGGGCCGUGUGAUAAUGGCCUGCCGGGACCUCCGCAGGGCUGAGGAAGCAGUCCUGGACAUCCUUCAGGAGACUGGUUCAGACAGGUCCCAGCUAAUCGUCAAACAGCUGGACCUUGCCUCAGUUACAUCUGUACACACGUUCUGUCGAGACAUAAUAAAGGAGGAACCCCGGUUAGACGUGCUGAUCAACAACGCUGGCAUCUACCAGUGUCCCCACACCCACACCGAGGACGGCUUUGAGAUGCAGUUCGGGGUCAACCACCUGGGCCAUUUCCUGCUCACCCACCUGCUGCUGGACCUCCUGAAACAAUCCACUCCCAGUCGCAUCGUUGUGGUCUCCUCCAAACUCUACAAGCACGGCCACAUUAACUUUGAGGACUUGAACAGUGAGCAGAGCUAUGACAAGGCCUUCGCCUACAGUCGCAGCAAGCUAGCCAACCUGCUGUUCACCCGCGAGCUGGCCCGCCGGCUGGAGGGCAUCGGAGUGGCUGUGAAUGCUCUGACUCCGGGCAUAGUGAGGACUAAUCUGGGCAGGCACGUCCACGUCCCAGUGUUAGCCAAGCCCCUGUUCAACCUGCUGUCCCGGGGUUUGUUUAAGAGCCCCGAAGAAGGCGCUCAGACCUCAGUCUAUUUGGCCUGCAGCCCAGAUGUGGAAGGCGUGCAGGGCAAGUGCUUUGCAGAUUGCAAGCCUCAGGUUCUGCUGGACAAGGCCACAGACCAGGAGGUGGCCAGUAAACUGUGGGACAUGAGUGAAAUCAUGGUGGGCAUAACCACGUGAGAUCUAAAAUAAAUUCAUGAAUGCUGCAUGUACAGAAGAGACAAAUUGGCUGAAUCCUGAAACACUAUAAAUAUCCAGUGCCUUGCUCAUUACAGCAGUGUUUACAGUAGUUUCAAAGCACACUUUGUGACUAGGGCUGGGUACAGAAUUCAAUACUUAUUAGUAGAAGCCUGAUGUUAUCGGCCGAUAUUAGGCAUCGGUAUCAGCAUUUUGGCUGUGAACAUUGAAACACCCUUCAGCCAUGUUAUGAGUGAUGGCGUUGCAUAGUUUGUCCACCAGAGGACGCUCUACAGCGUCCCUGGCAACACUGAUUAUUUUUUUGUUAUUGUGUUUUUGUUCGAAGGACUUUAAGUUUCAUAUCUUAAGUUUGUAUUUUGAUACAUUUUAUUUAUCAGAACUUUAAUAUAUUUGGAUGU